AUGUCCACUCUUAACGGCCCUAAGAAGCUCCGCAUCGGCGUGAUGCUUGAGGAAGUCCAACUCGCCGAUAUCGUCGGCAUCGACAUCUUCGGCAACAUCUCGGACCCCUACGUCUCGGGUGUUAUCUCGGUCGACCCGAAGUACGCCAAGUUCGGCCCGCACGCCGUCAGUAUCGAGUUCUUCUACAUGGCCACCACUCUCGAGACGAGCUUCAUGACGCCGCCGCAGGCUGGCUCAGACAGCUUGGGCGGCUUCAAGUUUGUGCCCACCGUCACGUACGACGACUGCCCGCGCGACCUGGAUAUUGUGCUCAUCGGCGGCCCGCUGCCGAGCCACCGCCCGCCGCAGGCGGACAAGUUCAUGAAGGAGGCGUGGAGCAAAACGCCCGUGUGGCUGACCACGUGCAUCGGGAGCGUGUGGCUGGCGAGCACAGGACUGCUGGAGGGCAAGACGUGCACGACCAAUAAGGAGUUUUUGGACAUGGCGAACCAGAUGUAUCCCGGAACGAAUUGGUUACGCCAGCGAUGGGUGGUGGAGGAGAAGGAGUAUGAGGGGACGGACGGGAGGAAAGGCGAGUUGUGGACUGCGGGUGGAGCUGGAGCUGGUAUCGACAUGAUUGCCCAUUACUGUCUUAAGAGGUUUGGGCACGAGUUUGUUAACACUAUGUCCCUGGAGAUGCUCGAGCUUAACCCGGGUGGUCGUUACGGACAAUUCUACACCUAG